AUGGAGGGAGGAAAGCGGCUGCGUGACGUCACCGUCUCCAAGCAAACGCUCCAAGUGUUACACCUCGCACACACACCUCGCACUCACACCACGCACACACACCACGCACUCACACCACGCACACACACCACGCACACACACCACGCACACACACCACGCACUCACACCACGCACACACACCACGCACUCACACCACGCACACACACCACGCACACACACCACGCACUCACACCACGCACACACACCUCGCACACACACCACGCACUCACACCACGCACACACACCACGCACUCACACCACGCACACACACCACGCACUCACACCACGCACUCACAUUACGCACACCUCGCACACACACCACGCACUCACACCACGCACUCACAUUACGCACACCUCGCACACACACCACGCACUCACACCACGCACACGCAACUCGCACACGCACCACGCACUCGCACCACGAACUCACACCACGCACUCACACCACGCACACACACCACGCACACACACUACGCACUCACACCACGCACACACACUACGCACUCACACCACGCACACACCCCACGCACACACACCACGCACACACACUACGCACUCACACCACGCACACACACUACGCACUCACACCACGCACACACACCACGCACUCACACCACGCACACACACCACGCACUCACACCACGCACUCACACCACGCACACACACCACGCACACACACCACGCACACACUCCACGCACACACACCACGAACACACACCACGCACUCACACCACGCACACACACCACGCACACACGGCCACUCUUCACGACCCCCACUCCGCAGCAGCAGCAGCAGCGCCCGCGUUCCACGGCCUCGCACUUCCUUCUCAGGGAGCUCCCGGCACGUGGAGCGAAACUUCGGACACCGCGAAAUCCGAUGCAGUGGUAAUCCUCACCGACUCUCAAGGCUCUUUGGUAGGAGGGUCCUGCCAAGUUGUUGGAGGAGGGGGCGACGUUGAUGCUACUGUGUGCACCGUACUCCCAAUUGAGUAAUUUGCAGUUGGCCAAAACCAUGACCGACUCAACACGACUGCUCCGCCGCCCCCUGCCGCCAGCACCUCCAACUCUGCCAACCUCACCAACCCCUCGCGCCACACACCCCACACCAUCUUCACCUGCCUCAG